AUGCGUGAACAUUUAGAAUUAUUUUGGUCACAUAUUAGAAAACCAAAAGUUUUACGUGCAUGUGAACAAGUACAUCUUUGGUCUGAACUUGUUUUUCUUUAUGAUAAAUAUGAAGAAUUUGAUAAUGCUAUUUUAACAAUGAUGUCACAUCCAUCAGAAGCAUGGCGUGAAAAUCAUUUUAAAUAUAUAAUUAAUAAAGUAGCUAAUGUUGAAUUAUAUUAUAAAUCAAUUGAUUUAUUAUUUGGAAUUUAA